CCAUUAAUGAAUUUCCUGAAGAUGUAUUUACAAAUAAAGAACGGCAGCAAGGAGCAGUUCUGCUUCAUAUCAUUGCCGCUCUUUAUAUGUUCUAUGCUUUGGCUAUAGUAUGCGAUGACUUCUUUGUUCCAUCCUUAGAGAAAAUUUGUGAGAAACUACAUUUGAGUGAAGAUGUUGCUGGAGCCACAUUCAUGGCAGCAGGGAGCUCCACUCCAGAACUGUUUGCAUCUGUUAUAGGUGUAUUUAUCACUCAUGGAGAUGUAGGAGUAGCAGCAGUUUUCAACAUCCUCUGCAUUAUUGGUGUCUGUGGAAUGUUUGCAGGACAGGUGGUUUGUCUCACCCAGUGGGCUGUGUUCCGGGACUCUGUGUACUACACGAUAACUGUGAUCGUACUUAUUGCUUUCAUAUAUGAUGAGAAAAUAGAAUGGUGGGAAAGCCUUGUACUCAUCAUUAUGUAUUCAUUCUACAUACUUAUCAUGAAGUACAAUGUGAGGAUGCAAAAUUUCUUCAGCCUUAAAAGCAAGAAUGUCGGAAAUGGUGACACAGUCAACAAUGAGCUGGAAGAUGGUAAUAAAUGUUAUGCCUCUAGUUGUGAUGACCCAUCCAUUCCAUUACUACGGAAAGUGAAGGGGAUGCAGCAGCAUGACAAAAACAGUGUUGUGAUGGUGGAUGAGAUCAUUUGCUCCAGUCCCCCCAAAUACCGGUUCCCUGAAGCUGGAUUACGGAUUAUGAUUACAAAUAAGUUUGGACCACGUACCAGAAUGCGGAUGGCAAGCCGACUCAUCAUUAAUGAGCGUCAGCGGUUAAUCCAAUCUGCCAAUGGUUCAAGCAAACCACUUCAGAAUGGGAGACAUGAGAAUAUUGAAAAUGGGAACAUCCCUGUGGUGAACCAAGAGGAGGAAAAUGAACAGGACAGUCUAUCUCCCUUUUCAUUGCCAGAUGGAAAAAUGAACAAAAUUAAAUGGAUUUUAACAUGGCCGUUGAUAUUCGUGCUCUUUUGCACCAUUCCAAACUGCAGCAAACCACGCUGGGAGAACUGUUUUAUGGUGACAUUCAUCUUAUCCACUCUCUGGAUUGCCUUGUUCUCUUACUUCAUGGUGUGGAUGGUGACUGUGAUUGGAUACACCCUUGGGAUACCAGAUGUGAUCAUGGGCAUUACUUUCCUAGCUGCAGGAACAAGCGUCCCAGACUGCAUGGCCAGCUUAAUAGUAGCAAGACAAGGCCUCGGUGACAUGGCAGUAUCCAACACAAUAGGGAGCAAUGUCUUUGACAUUCUGGUGGGCCUUGGCAUUCCAUGGGGUUUGCAGACCAUGGCGAUUGAUUGUGGAUCAACUGUUAAGAUAAACAGCAAAGGACUGGUCUAUUCAGUUGCACUUUUGCUAGGAUCAGUGGCACUUACUGUGUUUGGAAUCCAUGUAAAUAAGUGGAAACUUGACAGGAAAUUAGGCAUCUACGUGUUGUUUCUUUAUGCUGUUUUCCUGUGUUUCUCUAUAUUGAUAGAGUUUAAUGUCUUCACCUUUGUCAACUUCCCUAUGUGCCGAGAAGAACUUUAAACCACAACAAGAAGACAGACUGAAAUUCUUCUGAUUACAUAUGCUGUAAAUGACAGGAGGCAUUUCACAUUUCUACCUUCUUUCCAUCAGUAAUUUGAGUGUGGUUCCUGCUUCAUCAGCUAACAAGCACUUUUACCUGUGUCAAGGAAAGCAUACCUUUCUUUUAACAUGCUAACUCAAGGCAACCAAAGCAUUUUUCUCCUCUUUGGAUAUUGCUGCUCA